AUGAGGUUGUCGUGUUUAACGUUGGUGUUAUUAGUUCUGGCUAGUGUGGCAAUGGGAGAGGAUGCGGAUCAUAAACACUCCCUAAAAGCCACGUCACAUGCGCAGAUCCAGUGCACAAUGUGUUCGUCCUGUGAAAACCCUUGCAACCAAGUUCCCUCACCACCACCACCCUCACCGCCACCUCCUUCCACCACAAACUGCCCUCCACCGCCGUCUGCUCCUUCCUCCGGCGGAGGAGGAGGAGCUUAUUACUAUUACACCCCACCUCCACCCUCUCAGUAUACCUACUCCUCACCACCUCCACCAGCAUCCACUGGGGGCGGUGGCGGAGGAAUCUACUACUAUCCUCCUCCCAGCAACGGAAACUACCCUAGACCACCGCCGCCGAACCCGAUUGUGCCGUAUUUUCCGUUCUACUACUACAGCCCUCCGGCGCCAGGCUCCGCCACUUCUUUGCCCUCCAUGACCUCUUCUCUUCUCUGUGCAGUUACCUUCUCCUUCUUCCUGCUGUUGUGGGUUUGA